AUGGCCGAGUCCCCUCUUCCCUCCACGUUGGACGGCUUGUUCACAGCACCACUCAAGGACCAAUAUGACCCUGUUUCCUUGACGUCGAACAAUAUUGUCCCCAUCUUCGAGUUGCCCUUGGCAAAGAAGAUUUUAGGCCACGAUGCCUCCGAUAGCGAUUCCCUUUCCAGUGUCGCCAAAGACGAGCUUUCGUAUACCGAAUUUGUCGCCGAAAAAGCCCGUGCCGUCCUUCAAACCCCCAUUGCCGACUUGACCACCGAGCAAACACAGUCGCAACUUGUACACAUCGGUCUCGCAGCCCUUUUCAGCUUCUUACAAUCCAACGUGACCGGUCCACCUUUGGAGUUCAACUCUGCAGAGACUGUUCUGCCUACUGGUCUACGCGGAGAUGUUCCGACUCUUCGAGCUGUGCGAGCUAAGAUCAUCCGGGAUCUUUCUGUGGAUGGAGAGGCUGCUUAUAAAUUGACGCCCAAUGCGGAGUUAUUCUCCAUCGCAAAGGCGCUGUUGGUAGAUACAAAUAAUGAGGGUUCCGUGGUGACGAAGACAGCGCGCAUGCGCGUCAACUUCUUGCACCAGAAAAUGCUUUCGGAAGUCACGAGUACCUUACAGGAUGUGAUUUAUAAUGAUCUUGAGGAGCUGGCUAAGCUGGAUCUCAACGCCGAUGCGAAGGGAGGGUUCUUGAUGGAGCGAGCUAUUGUCAACACACACCAUGGGUUCGAUGCUAAGGCCCGCGCUGAUCUGGAUCAAGCGGCUAAGGUGCGCAACUUCGAAUUUGCCUUGACAGGAAAGCUGGGAAAGCGCACAAAGUUCCAAGACAGAGAUAUCAGUCAGCUUGUUGUUUUGGCUAAGAGCGCCGACGAAAACUCCAAGUCCGCAGACCCCUCUGGUCCUAAGAAAUUGGACCUGAAUGAUGAUACUCUCCUUGAGGCCAUCUCCUUUGCUGAUAAAAAAUCUACAACCGUAUCUCAGGAGCUUUCUCCAGCUCUCCAGUCGGUCGAUCCUAAUGAUCAACCUAUCUUGAACCCAUUGGACUCAGCUAUUCUGUUAGCUAUGGCAUCUGCCAUUACGAAUACCGCCCCUGAGAACGGUCUCACUCGUGAAGAGACAGCCCCAUAUGCCACCCGUGUUUUGGAGGGUGGAAGUUCCAACUGGCAGAUUUACACUGAAGCAUUGCUAGUCCGUAGUCGUGUUGAGGGUUACCGUUCACGUACAAUCGAGCGAUCUGUGCUGCAGUUACAAGCUCUUGUUGACCAGGUCAUUGCCGACACAGCGACAGAUGACUCUGCUGCCCAGCAACCAACUGCUGAUCCCACAACUUUCUUGCCACGACCAGAGAAAUCUGAGUCAGCACCUGCUGCUGAUCGUUUGCAAUACAUCUGGAUUAUGAACUUCAGCACCAGGUGGAGUCUUGAAGCCGAGCUGGCUAAGCGCUGGGUUGAGCUUGGUGGUCUCCGUACUGCAUUGGAGAUUUACGAGAGACUUCAUAUGUGGGCUGAAGCAGCACUUUGCUACGCUGCUACUGAGCGUGAGCUGAAAGCCAAGAGCAUGGUGCGACGUCAACUCUACGAAGCUAAGGGCGACGAUGAGAAUGACGAGAACGAAAUGUUUGAAGGACCAGAGCUAACGACACUUCCCGGCGAUGCGCCACGUUUGUUCUGUAUCCUUGGAGAUAUCGAUAAGGAUGAGAAGAUGUAUGAGCGUGCCUGGGAUGUUUCCGGUCAGCGUUAUUCUCGUGCUCAACGAUCUCUGGCACGUCAUUACUUGAGUCUUACGCCACCAGAACUGGAGAAGGCCGAAUGUGCCUACCGUAAGAGUUUGCAUAUCAACCGUCUGAACCACGGCUCCUGGUUUGCACUCGGAUGUGUGCAACUUGAGCUUCAGCGCUGGGAAGAAGCUACCGAUUCUUUCACACGUACCGUUCAACUGGACGACACAGAUGGAGAAGCAUGGAGUAACUUGGCAGCCGCUAUGCUCCGAUCAUCAGCCCCCGAGGAAGGCCCUGAUGUACCAAUCAAUGACAGUGCCGAAGAAAAGGCCGCAGUGGAGAAUGAUCCGUAUAAACGCAAACGCGAAGCCCUGGCUGCCCUCCAACGUGCAGCAACCCUCAAACACACCGACGCCCGUAUCUGGGACAACGUGCUGACAGUAGCUGCAUCCAUCCCCCCACCCAACACACCAUUCCGAGAAGUCAUCACGGCGCAGAAGCGUGUGAUCGAGCUAUUGGGCGCAAAGAAGGGAGAGAAGUGCAUUGACCUGCCGAUUGUGGCCAGCCUCGUGGACUUUCUUUCAACCGCUUUUGAAUAUAAUGAUCUCCUUAUCGAGUCGGACUCCGGCCCAGUUGUCCGUACCGGAACUCUGCCUGGCCAAAUCCUUUCCCUGCUGGACAAUAACGUAGUCCCACUUAUCACCCACUCUUUUGCAUUAUGGCUUGUUGUUUCCCGAGCCGAACUUUUCCGAAACCGCCCCAGCCGUGCGCUGGAAGCGCACGAAAAAGCAUGGCGUGCUACCGUCACAACUUCCACACAAGGUGCAUUCCAGAUGGGCGAUGAGAAGCCUUGGCUUGAGGUUGUUCGGGCUACAGAGAAACUUGUUCGUGAUGGUUACGCCAAGAUUGGACCUAUGGACCGUGAAGAUCAGAAAGUGGAAGGUGAUGCCGAACCGGAGAUGGUUGCCAGUGACUGGCGUUUCAAGGCCAGAAGUGCCAUCCGAGGUAUCUUGGGUAAGGGCAAAGAAUUCUGGGAAGACUCCGAUGGCUGGAUGAGAUUGAAAGAGUUGCAAAACGAGGUUACUGGAAACUAG